AUGGCUUCCCGCAAUAUCUUGGGGGUUUGCUGGCGAAGUGUCCCAGGGCCAACGGCACCAAGCACGGGUGAAAAUCCAGCCCAGUGCCGAAUUCAAUACGCGCUGGCAAGCUUCCAUAUGCUGCCCUCGGGCCUCGUCCACCCGAAAUGCAUCAACCUCAUCGGCUCCGUCGUCUUUGCCGUCUCGAGAUUAUUCACGGAGCUGAAGGAGCUCAAAGCCAAGAAGCUCGAAUUGACCAAGCGAAUUUUUGCUUCUGGUCGCUGCGAGGUCAACUUUGAAGGAGCUCAAAGCCAAGAAGCUCGAAUUGACCAAGCAGAUUUUGCUUCUGGUCGCUGCGAGGUCAACUUUGCCUCGACGCCGCCGCCGUCAAUGGACGAGGGGAGGUCGAGGGAACAUGGCGGGUGCACAUCGUGA